AUGGAGGGGUUCUGUCGGGGAUGUCUAAUAAAAUAUGAUGAACCUAUGGAGCUUGUACAAUACAGUGAGAAGAACAGAAGAUUGUUCAUGUACUCUACUGGCUUGCAGGCAAAACGAAAUGAUUCAUUCACUUUUCAACUUUGCAAAGAUUGUUAUUUAAAUAUGAAGACGGCAUGUAAAUUCAAAAAACAAUGUCGCUCUUCAGAUAAAAAGCUAAAAAAUUUUGUGGCAAUGAAAAAUAAUGGCGAUGAUGUUGAUUUCUGUAAUUUUUUAAAGAACAGUGACCAUCCUUUCACUUUUAGAUUUCCUACAAUGACUGGGAACAAUACACCUGCAACUCAAGGAGAUGAUGAUAAUGAAUCUGUAUGCACAAGCAUACGCAACUUCAUGACCGACAUCCUACAGGGCGAGGAGGUACCGGAUGCUGAAGCCAGGAUCAUACGAGAGGUGAUUGAAGAAGAGGCUGACGUUUUGGAUGAUUCAUUAGAUUCUCAGUGGCUUCAGGAUGAUGUAUCCAUUGAUACAGAUUUUAGAUUAGACUUUAAUUUCAGUCCGUUUUCAACACCGCGUUCGAUUGAGAAUGAUCAUUGCUACACGCCUAAAAAAAGCCCUGUACAGAAGGACCAAUUGAAUAUCAAUUAUUAUGCAAAUAAUAAAAUCAUAGACCAACAAAAGGAAAACAUUGAAGAAAACGAUAAAGAAAUCGAUUUUUUUGGUUACAAUAAUGGUGAUAUUAAAAAUAACGUAAUUAUUGAUAACAAUUACAUUGAUGAAAUACAAAAUGACCUACUGUAUGAUAUAAAUUCUGAGAACUGUAAAGACGAUUUAAAUGUAAAUAUUAAUGUUGACGCAAAUCUCGAUUAUCAAAUUAAUGAUGGUAAUAAAACUAAAGAAAAUAAACACGUAGAAGUAAAUAACAUUCUAAUGGAAAAUAAUUCACAAAAUAAUGCUACAAAACAAGAAAAGGUUUUGGGACAAUUUUAUCUUCCCGGGGACAUAACAAAGAAAAAUAUUGCCCUGGAUAAUAAUGAUGUACAAAAUGGAGCAAAAGACAACAUAGACAAAAACUUGGAGCAAGCCUUGAAAAAUGAACUCAAUACGGAAUUUUCUUUAGAAGGGUUGCUAGCGUCACCGACAGUAUUACCGAGACUGUCAACGCCCGUCACGCCAAUCAUAAACAAUAUUUUAUUUGGAGAUAAAAUAGAUUUAGAAUCUCAGAGCAACGGAAGCGACCACAAAACUGGUCAAUGCAUAGAGAAAUAUGAAAACGUCGAAGGGAAUAUAGAAAUUUUAGAGGAAUUCUUUAAUAUGAAAAAUUCAAAUUUCAAUUUAGACGAUGAAAACAGCUUGAUAGAUGCAAAUAAAAACACUGAUGUCGCGAAAUCAAUGAACGAAUUGUUCGAUUUAGAAAAUUGUUUCUGUAAGGAAUGUAAGAAGAAAUUCAAGGAUAUGAAAGCGCUUAGGAUACACUCGCGGAAGAUUCAUCGUUACACAAUUAAGAAUCCUAAUAAAGACGAUCACAGAUACAAGCGAAGGAUAUGCGAUAAAUGUGGCAAAGAAUUCAAUGACAUGGCUCGUUUCUGUAGACACAAGAAGCAGCAUGCAGAUGAGAACAAAAUUUAUCGUUGCGACCAGUGCAUGCUCACGUUCACUUCGCAGAGGACAAAGGAUAUGCACAUGGUUACGCACACGGGCAUAACAACGGAGAAAGUUUCUAAAAAGAAAUACGUGUGCAAUAUAUGCGGGGUGACGAUCAACUCAUAUAGUAACCUGCGACUUCACAUGAAGCGACACGCGAAGACUUACACGUUGAAAUGCGAAGAUUGCGGGAAAGGUUUCUUCAGACGAUACGAUUUAACUAUUCAUAUGAGAACUCAUACGGGCGAUCAACCCUUUAAAUGCGGGUUUUGUGAGCGGUCGUUCUCGAGGCGGACCACCUUAAUAAGUCACAUACAAACGCACACGGGACCGGGUUAUGUAUGCGACUACUGUCACACAAGAUUCGCAAUGAAACGAUACAUAGUGCGUCACUUGAUGAAAAGCAAAAAAUGUUACGAGAUUCGAGACCGAAGAUUGAAAACUGAAAAAUCUAAAGGAACAGAUGCUUCUAUUAAGGGACCCAAGGAUACGACUGAUGAAGAAAUAUCGACUAAUAAAAAAACGCCGAAGAAGCGACUGGUGAAUCAUGACUGACAAAUUAAAGUACUUACAUUUUAUU